AUGGGGAAUGCAGAGCAAUCUGCUGCAAACGACAGACAGGAUGAAGAAGAAUUCCAUUACAAUGUCCUGUCUGCUGACGAGAUUGUUAAAUUUAUGGUUGAUACUAUCAAAGAAGUGAAUGCAGUUGUUCAGAUUCCUGCAACUAUUACUAGAAUUUUAUUAAAUCAUUUUAAAUGGGAUAAAGAAAAAUUAAUGGAAAGGUAUUAUGAUGGUGAUCAAGAAAGGUUAUUUUCUGAAGCCCAUGUUGUAAAUCCACAUAAACGGGAUUCAGCUAGUGGUAGAUCUAGGCAGAGAGUGACUCGUUCAAAUGCUGGAAAUGAAGAACUAAUUUGUGAAAUCUGUUGUCUUGGUAAAGUUUCUGCAGACAUGACAGGUUUAGAAUGUGGACAUAAAUUCUGUGCAGAAUGUUGGACUGACUACCUCACAGCUAAAAUAAUGGAUGAAGGUAUGGGUCAGACAAUCUCCUGUGCUGCAUAUAACUGUGAUAUUUUAGUUGAUGAUGCCACUGUCAUGUCCCUAUUAAAAGAACCCAAAGUAAGAUUGAAAUAUCAACAAAUUAUAACUAAUAGCUUUGUAGAUUGUAAUAGGUUAUUACGAUGGUGUCCAGCACCAGAUUGUGGUCAUGUAUUAAAAGUUAAAUAUUAUGAUUGUAAACCUGUAAAGUGUUCUUGUAAACAUAUUUUCUGUUUUGCAUGUGGUGAAAACUGGCAUGAUCCUGUAAGAUGUGUCUGGUUAAAGAAAUGGAUAAAAAAAUGUGAUGAUGAUAGUGAAACAUCUAAUUGGAUUGCUGCUAAUACUAAGGAAUGUCCUAAAUGUAAUGUUACCAUAGAAAAAGAUGGAGGUUGUAAUCAUAUUGUAUGUAAAAAUCAUAAUUGUAAAGCUGAUUUCUGUUGGGUUUGUUUAGGUCCCUGGGAACCACAUGGAUCCUCAUGGUAUAACUGUAAUAGAUAUAAUGAAGAUGAAGCAAGAAAAGCCAGAGAUAAUCAAGAGAAAUCUAGGUCAGCUUUACAGAGAUAUCUUUUUUACUGUAAUAGAUAUAUGAAUCAUAUGCAGAGUUUAAAGUUUGAAAACAAGUUGUAUGCAUCAGUUAAAACUAAAAUGGAAGAGAUGCAACAACACAAUAUGUCCUGGAUUGAAGUUCAAUUUCUACAAAAGGCAGUUGAUGUAUUGUGUCAAUGUAGACAAACUUUAAUGUAUACCUAUGUUUUUGCUUACUUCCUAAAGAAAAACAACCAAUCCAUUAUAUUUGAGGACAACCAAAAGGAUUUAGAAAAUGCUACAGAACAGUUAUCAGAAUAUUUAGAAAGAGAUAUAUCAUCAGAAAUGUUACAUGAUAUAAAACAGAAAGUACAAGAUAAAUAUAGAUAUUGUGAAAGUAGACGUAAGGUCUUAUUAGAUCAUGUACAUGAAGGUUAUGAAAAAGAUUUAUGGGAUCACUUUGAUACAUUUUAA